ACCCGCCAAGAGUUUUGGGUAGCCGCGAAAAACCCCCAUCUUCAAACAUUUGAACUCUCGAGGAGCCUGAGCUGCAAUGGUGGAGUUUCAGAACUCCGAUCCAAUUCUUUGGGGAGAAGCUCUCUCUUCUUAUCCAUCCCAAAUCGAAGCCCUGGGCAAGCCCAAUUUGGUUUCUCUCGACCAUUUUUACCGAAACGAACUCCCCAAUCUUCUCCACAAACGUAACCCUAACCCUUACAUCACUACUCCCGAGCUCUCCAAGCUCAUGCAAUGGAAGCUCACCCGUGGCAAAUGGAGGCCGCGUCUCUUGGACUUCGUUUCAUCGUUGGACGAAUCGCUCGUCAAAUUGGCCUCUCAGAAGGCCUUCCAAUGCCUUCCUGAUAUUUCCAAAGCCGUGUCUGAGCUUACGCCGCUCAAGGGCGUCGGUCCCGCCACUGCCUCGGCGGUUCUCGCUGCUUACGCGCCGGACGUUGCGCCUUUCAUGUCGGAUGAGGCUAUGGAGGCGGCCCUUGGCAACUCCAAGGAUUAUUCGUUGAAGCAGUACUUAUCCUUCGCAAAUACGUUGCAAGAGAAAGCCAAGGAACUGAGCUCAGACGGACAAAUUUUCACACCAUCUGAUGUAGAGAGGGCUUUGUGGAGUUCAGCAACAGGGGAAAAAUUGAAAGCUUCACAAUCACAAUUAGAACCCAAGAAUGGAAGUGGCGCUAAAAGAAAGAGAAAAACUUGACGUCCGCUGGUCAAGUAACAGCCUCUACCACUGCUUUUUUUGGACAUCAUKUUGUAGUUGGCGUUUCAGGUUCCUUCACUACAACUUAUUUCUAUUCCUAACGUAUAAAAUAAACAUUGCCUUCCAGUUCAUGUUCUAACUUAUUCACAUCCUUUCAAUCGCUA